AUGCUUGCUCCUACUUUCCGUAUGGAGCUGGGACCGCCUAUCAGUUGGGCGGCCCAGGAUACUCAACCAGAGGACAUGGCCUCAUUACCGGAACAACCCUUAUCGGGAGCCCACUUGGGCAUACAUUUGGGACAAUGUCUCGGAGAUGACGAGCGAUCCAAUGGUCAUGUACAGGCACUACACUGAGGAGUUGGACACUCUUACCGCUGAGCAGGUGGAUUGGGAGCCAUAUGGUACCUAUUACCGUAUUGGCGCGGCGAUGACUGACCUCAACCCCAAGUGCUUGGAGGAGGCGGGUUUCUGGCGUAUGCGGUGCCCACUCAUAUGCAUGUGGGCGGUUGAAUACCACCAGCCGCACAGAGUGAUGAGACAGUUUGGGCUGUAUCAGGAGUGCCCACCUCAGUGGCAAGACACGGACCACGCGCUCCAUAGGUAAACUUCUUGAAUCAUGCGAUGGAAGCUUGUUGAUCAUAGGAAGCGAUAGAAUCUAACUUUAUCCAUUGUGCUCAAUAUCUUGCAGGCUUGAUAGGCAGCGGCAGAGGAAGAUCACGAAUUGGCCUGU